AUGGAGUCGGUUUCUGAACAAGACAAAAGUUUAUACUUUGGUUAUGAAGCUGCACCUAAUAAGAUCAUCCCCUCAAGACAAAUUUUUGUAAUUGAGUAUCCAGGUUAUGUAAAAAGUGUUGAUAAAGUUUUACAAACUUUAGGUGGUGAAAAAGGUCUCAAGAAGGCUGUAAAUGAGAGUCUUAUGGAACUUCGUUUUAGACCUGAUGAUCCUUUUUGCCAUCCUAUUAACGGAGAUGUCAUACCAACAUCGAAUCUUUUGCUUAAAGUAACUAGACGCAAGAAAAAACGUCAAAAUAAAAAUAUGAAUCGCGGGGAUGAAGGGAAUGCUAACGUAAAGGAGGAUGUCAAAUUUGACAUUUUAGGAAUCAUAAGUAAAACUUGUCGGUUCCGAGGAAUGUCAGAUUAUCAAUGCAUCCCAAGCAUAAAGCAUCCUAUACUUGAAUAUAGAAAGGCACUUGAGUCUUUGGAUGUUGAUAAGAUAAUGGGUUUCGAAUCUAUUAUAAAUGAUAUAAAAGAAGAAAGCAAUUUGCCACCCCCUUCUUUUUCACGCGUAGAAUGUCCAAUGGAUUACGGAUAUCAACAAAAUACGGCUGUUGUCAAAGUGUUGGUUAAAAAGAAUGAUGACCAGUUCCUUGACAUUACAUUACCUGUUCCAGAGGAGCCGCCACCAGAAUCUCUAAAGAAUAUUGAACGAAUACCUCAAGAAAGUAUAGAUCGAAUUCGUAAGUUAUUUGAAGAACGUCCAGUAUGGACGAGAUUCGCAUUGGAAAAUAAUUUACCUCCAAAUGAUAUAAGAAAUAUCAAAAGACUGUUGCCUUUGGUCGCGUAUUUGAUGUCAAACGGUCCGUGGCGUGAUUGUUGGAUGCGUUAUGGAUAUGACCCACGAUUAAAUAAGGAAGCAAGAUUCUAUCAGCUGCUGGACAUUAGAAGCUCUCGAAGACCUACAAAACUUGGGCGAGCGAAACGUUUGCUUCACGUACGAGAGGAAGCCACAACGGAAAAUGGAGGCACAGAUAAUUACAAUUCACGGACUUCACAUAUCUUUGAUGGAUCUUCAACAUGUCGAGAUGUUGCGGUUUUUCAAAUAUGUGACAUAACUUAUCCUUUGUUAAAAACCAUUAUUGAAUCACCUGAUUCUGUUCAAGACUUUUGUGAUGAACAUGAUGGAUUUUAUAAACGUAGUGAAUUAACAAAGAUAAGAAAGAUUAUGAGACGAAAGUUCAGGGCAUUAACUGAAGGUAAAGUUGAUGAAUUAAUGCGUAACCUGCAAGCAAUGCAAGGACAAGAAGAUUUCGAACAAGGCGACGAGGGAAUGUUUUAUUCAUUUGAGGAUUUUGAUAAUUCAGAUACGUUUGAGAACGAAAGCGAUUAUAAUGAAGUUGAAGAAGAGUACGAUGAUUUUGAUGUUUAA